AUGGCUCCCUACAUCGACACUCCGCAGACAAACAACGUCUCUCGUGUUAACAACGGCUCCAGCUUGCUGGGACCGCUCACCUCUCCAGAGAAGUCUUUUGCGGCGCCCGUAGAGCAUGGAGACCUGCUCAGUGAGAUGAGAAGUGCAAAAGGGCAUGGAAUGAAUCUCAAGACUCCCCGAGCUGGAGCGCCUCGAGACCCUCUGCGACUGCUCCCCAACGGCAACCAGCGCCGAUCCGAGUUCACUCCAGUCUUUGGCAGCGGCAUGAAGAACAACAUUGCUCGGCGGCUUUCGAGUCGGAAAUCAGGCUCCUUCGCGACUCCUGCACACCUCAGAGAUGGCUACACCCCGGCGCAGCAAAGACUCAGCGACGUAUCCCGCCUUGACGGUGAGAACACCACCAGCUCUGCAGGCAAUGCUGUCGACUACACCCCCAUGCCUCAGCAAAUCAGCAGCAGCGCUCAGAGUACGCCCCUCGCGCAACUCCCUGGACGUGACGCCCCUGGGCUCGUUAAUGACGGGAACAUGAUGACACUCCGGGAGCAAGAGAACAUCAUUGACAAGAUCGAGAAGGAGAACUUUGGGUUGAAAAUGAAGAUACACUUCUUGGAAGAUGCGUUAUCCAAGCGUGGAAACGAGUUCAAUCACGCAGCGCUAAAGGAAAACACCGACUUGAAGGUCAAUCGAAUCACGAUGCAGCGCGAACUCCACAAGUUCAAGAAAAACAUUGCGCAGGCAGAACGAGAUGCAGAGAUCUACCGACUACAGCUGGAAGAGUACAAAGAACGAAUUCGGCGGAAACAGGUCGACCAGCAUGUCCGACAGGAGCUUGAGACUCUUCGGGCUGAGCUCCAAUCCAGAGACGACCAGAUCAAACACCUGGAAGCGGAGAAGGAGCGUGCUGUGGAUCAGGAGAGCACAGAAGUGAAAAGGCUCAAAGAUGAGCUUGAGGACCUACAGGCCAACCUUCGAGACAAAGACCGUGCGAUCGACGAGCGAGACGACCAAAUUGACGACCUCAAAUUAAAGGCUAGCAAAGAAUCUAAUGAGGUCGCUACAGUCGAAGAUGAGCUAGAGUCGGCGCGACAGGAAAUCGAAGACCUCAAGCAAAGUCUCGAACGGGCUGCGGCGGAGGCGCAGGAGGCCAAAGAGAUUCGGGAAGAGGCACUUGACGAGAAACGCCGAGCGGAGGAAGACCUCGACGAACUUCGUGAUGAGAUGGCCAAUAAGUCCUUCACUACCAAAGGCCUGAGUAGACAGCUGGAGGAAAAGGCAAACAAGCUGGAAGACGACUAUCAAGAAUUGCAAGAACGGCAUGACUCUGUGCAGGCCCAAUUGCGCGAGAAAUCCGAGUCGGAGAAACAGCUGCAACAGAGACUCCGCGACAUGGAACGGGAAGGAGCGACAGACGUUCGCAAGCUGCAACAAGAGCUAGAGAUCUGUCAACAGCAGCGCGACACCCUCGACCGAAAACUCACCAAUAUGACGAAGCAGCUCGAAACCGCGGAACAAGAGUUGCAGGUCAAGGUUGACGAGAAGGAUCUGCUCCAGACCCGCCAUGAUGCUCUGACCAAAGAGUCUGCUGAGUUGCAAACAGACCUCGACCGAGCCAAAGACACAGUUCGGGAUCUUGAACAUGCCUUGGACGAGGAGAGGCAGCGUUCCGCUCAGCACGACAACAUUCUGAGAACACAGCAUAAACAAGAGAUUGACAUCCUGAAUGAGCAAAUCGACGGGCUGCACCGGGAAGUCAAUGCGAAGGACAGUGACCAUGCGGCCGACUUGGAGGAAUGGGAGGCUCAAAAACACACACUGGAAGCAGCAUCGCGAAAGGCGGAGGAAAAGGCAAAAGGCCUCCAACGUACCGUGGACAAACUGCAAGACGCGCAAGGGACGCUCAGUGGGCGUGAAAUGAAUCUACAGCAGGCGCUCGAAAGCGAGAACCAGCGGCAUCAGCAAGAAGAGAAGGUGCUGUCUAAACAGAUCGAUGACCUUCAACAAGAUCUUGCGGCGAAACGAGGUGCUGCAGACGAGAGCCGAACAGAACUGAGCAACGCCAGAGAAGAGCUGAGGAUCUCGAUUCGAGAACAAGCGUCGCUGAAGGAAAAGGUGGCCGAACUCGAAGAAGAGAUCGAAGUCCUCCAGGCGGACAUUGAGCAGGAACACGAAUUUGCGCAGCGAGUGCAGCAGAGGCACUCGUCCAGUGCGGAUGCCCAAGUGCAGAAGAUGCGACAAGAGAAGCAGUCGCUGCAGGAAGAGCUGGCUAAUGUCAAGCUGGAACUACGCAACGCCAGAACUGCUGCUGACGCGACCGAGAAGGAGCGCGAUGACCUUGAAGCAAAGCUGCAGGCUGCUCAGAAAUCGAACGACGACACCUUCAAUGUGGAUCAAGAGAAACGCGAGUUGAAGCGGCUCAGAGUCAAGCUGGAGAAGGAUGUUGCAAGACUCACCAGUGAACGCGACAAUCUUAUCGAAGCCAACCAGGCACUUGAAGAUGAGAUCAAUGCAGAACUCGAGCGAGCCAGUGAAGAGGAGAACCGCCUACAUGCAGAGCUCGAGUCUCUACGCAAACAGAAGCUCACGGGUGUGGAUACCAAAGACCGCGAACUGCUGUCUUCGAAAAACAAAAUAUCCCGCCUGGAGGGCAGGAUCACUGAACUGGAAGCACUGUUGGAAAACCAGUCGAAGGUAUUGACAUCUCCCGCUGCUGAUGUUUCUGGGCUGAAGCGUGAUCUGGCCGAUGCGAGAAACAACGAGACCACCCUUGUCAGACGAGAGACCGAUUUGAAAGCGGCGAAUCGAGACCUCAAGAUGCGGGUCAACGAUCUGGAACGGGAAUUGCACGAAGCCAAACUCGCGCAGUACAAGGCGAAAUCUCCUUCGGUGUCUCCACCUCCGUCCAAUUCCAAGGAGAUGGCAAAAGUCCGUCAAGACCUUGUGGAUGCUCAAGCCGAGAUCAAAGUCUUGAGUACGGAGAACCGGGACCUGAAGCGAACUGCGCGCAGAGCUUCAACGAUCGAGAAAGAGCUUGACGACCUUCAGGCUGUGCUGAGAGCCCGCACGGCUGAAGCUGAGACCUUGAACACCAGAGUCACAGAGCAGAAUGAUCUUGUCCAUGCCUUGCGAGAUCAGCUGACUCGCCUACGCGGAGACAGAGACGACGUGGGCAAUGGGUCAGCAGACAUCCGGAAGCGCGAUCGCCUGAUCAGCGAUCUGAAAUCGGAACUCAGACGGUUGCGGGAGGAGCACGAAGGUGUCAAUGAUCUCUCGAUGCAGCUCUCAGUGCGUGACGGUGAAGCUCAGGAACUGAAACAUCAACUUCGACGACUUCGGGAGGAGCGCAGCCUUGCCAACAAGAAGGCCGAUGCGGUGGAGACGGAACUGGAGAUGUUGCAAAGCAGAUACGAAAACAUACUCGAGAAACUCACAUCGGGCAAGUCCAGCAAAGACGAGCUGCGCGAGAAGGAGAUGAAAGGCCUCAUCAAGGAGAUCAUGUGGUUGAAAGCCAAGUGCAAGAGAGAAGAACGGCUUCGGAGAGACCUUGCCUGGAGCAAAGGCUUCCUCGAGCAAUCCGAGGCGAUGAGGGUUCAAUGCAACCAAGUUGACCUUCGCAUCCUCGGCGAGAUGGGUGUUUCUCUUGACAGCCACAAGUACGAGGCCGAGCUGAAGCCGAUUCAGAAACUGCGCGCAGGAGUGUCUGCCGUGAUUGCGGCCAUCCGUAUGAGCAACAUGGAGGAACAGUGGAGGGAUGUCCGGGUCAUCGGUGAAGAGUUGAAGCAGAUGCGGACGAGACGGAUGAAGCCUCGAUCCAGGGUUCGCAUGCUCGACAUAUGA